AUGGGGGUGAAUCAUGAAGGCGGGGUAAUUGGUAAAAGGGAAGAACGAGAACCCGACCGAACAUUUUCCCAAACAGGCAAGACUAAUAAUAAUCGUAAAACUAAAGAAUAUCGGAAAGGACGCUUUACGGAAAAGGAAGAUCGGGACUUAACAAAAUUUUACAAUAUGUAUAUUGAUGAUCAUAGGCAUAACAUUUUUGCAGUCAUAGAACCUCUUCUGAAUAGAAAUUCUAAAUCUCUGAGAGAGAGAUAUUGCAAUCACCUUGAUCCAAAUAUUGAUCGUAGUGAACUUACCAAAGAAGAGAAGGCAAAAAUAAAAUCUAUUUAUGAAUCUCUAAAAACUACAUCAUUUUCCGAAAUUGCUCGUAUUCUUAAUCAGAGCAAUGCAAAAAGAAGUGAGAAACGUCGCACGGAUCUUUUAAUUAGAAAUUAUCUUUCUCCUAGAUUAAGAAAAGAGAAAAGAAUUAAAGAUAGAAUGUCAAUUCAAAAUAUAUUAAAUAAUUGA